GAAAAUGGAAAUUCUACAAAGCGAAAACAUUCCAUUUGACAUGUUUGGUACCCAGGGAGAGAAUCUUAACGAGGUACCUAUACCUUUCAAACAACAAAAGUCACCUGAAAAUAUCGAGCAUAAGUUGGUAACUGACUUGCUAACCGAAWUAGUCAGUACAGCCGUUGUACAUGUAUUCUCUCAGGAGAACAUUCCACAGAAAGUCGACAAGAAAGAUACCUCCCGCCCCUUCAGUGAUAUUCCCACCAGCCGUGCUGAGCUUGACAGACUUCGAAAAGAGGCAGCGUUGAGAAACUACGUUGGAUUUGAKCCCYUGCUACCAGUCUACCAGCCUGUUAUGUCCAUUCCUAUGGARCAGGUGUCAAACUGGAGUCUGUUAAAAACACGUCUUUCACAAAAGAUGCAAASUGUCACUACAUUUUUUAAUACAUUUAAAGGAGUAAAGUUCACCAUCACUCCCACAAUUCCAAAGGCCUUGCGCUUUAUCAAAACGCCCUUCAGCAUGAAGAUGAACAUGUAAAAGUG